AUGCUUUUCUUCUUCACAGUAUUCAUUUCUACCCUGUUCACAGGUGCCUACGGUAUCGGAAGCGCGAUACAAGGCACUGGAACCACUACUCGUCAGUGGUCAUGCUGCAAGAACUCCUGCUCGUGGCCCGGUAAAGCCCUCGUCGAUAAGCCAGUCUUGACCUGCGACGCGAGUGAUAAUCUUCUCGACAACUACAACAGACGUGAUGGGUGCGAUAGCGGAGGUGGAUCGUUCGAGUGCUCAGACCUCAGCCCUUGGGCUGCGAGUAACGAUCUAGCCUAUGGCUUUGCAGCCGUCAAUCUCGCAGCUUCGAACGAGAGUGCUUGGUGCUGCUCUUGCUACUCGCUGACGUUCACGUCCGGUCCCGUCAAUGGCAAGAAGAUGAUCGUUCAAGUGACCAGCACAGGCGACGACCUCGGAGACGACCAAUUCAACAUCGCCAUCCCAGGUGGCGGACAAGGCUCAACCAAGGGCUGUACCAAACAAUAUUCUAGCCAGGACAUAUGGGGCCAAGACUACGGCGGCGUCGCCCAUCGCGAUGACUGCGAUGCCCUUCCCACCAACCUACAAGCUGGAUGCUACUGGCGCUUCGACUGGUUCCGCGGCGCAGACAACCCAAGCAUAACUUGGGAAAAGACAAAGUGUCCAGGCUCUCUAUCUUCUGUAUCUGGAUGCCGACGUAACGACGACCCACUUCCAGGAAAGAACACGCCUACGCCUACUCCAACGACGUCUGCGCCCUUGUCUUCUGGUACCGUACAGCCAGGCGGCCAAUGCGGCGGAAAAUCUUACAAGGGACCUACACGCUGUGUGGGAGGUACCGUAUGCACAUACGUCGACGAGAACUCGUACUAUUGUCUUGCGGAUCCAGCCAGUACACGGACAACUCCUACAACGACGACAGCAGCUAGCGCUACGCCUACAAUUGGUCUUCCCUACGACCAAUGCGGAGGCAACGGCUGGACAGGACCUACAAGAUGUAAGGAUUCCGUAUGUGUACGCGUCGAUGAAUGGAUCAACGGCGUGUGUUCAGGGCUUGUUGUGCAUCAAGGUUGA